CCGGACAAAACUCCAGAGAGGACCCACACCAGUCGCUGCGUAUGUUGAACUCGUCGAGGUCGGCGUUUAUCCGUAAACACUGUGCCGGUAGUUUUUCGAGUGGGAAACAUUACAGACAACUGCAGUGUAUGCCGAUAAAUUCAAAAAGUCAAAUUGAUUUUCAAAAAAUAUGUUUGAUCACGAGGAAAGUCUUGGACUCCGAUAAAAGAAUAUCGUCGUCCGAGUUUCUGUGUAAAAUUAAAAAUAAUGUCAACGGUUUGGCACUGCCGUAAAACGCUGUGGACACAAUGAACUUGAACAAACGGCGGUUGAUAUUUUGCACGUUCGUCUACUCGUGCGCGGCCAUCGGCCUGAUCGGCGCCGCCCUGGGCACUAAGAGGUGGGUGGUGGCAUCGGCCAGGCGCACAUCCAACACCACCGAGUCCGUGGGUCAAGUCAACCUCGGACUGUUCCACGGCGACAAGUACCUGAAUAUUGGAUACGGUCUGCGCACGUACAGUGUUGACGUGAUCGAAAUGAUGAAAACUGACCCAGACAUGAUGGUGUACAGUUUGUGGGUAUUGACUGUCAUUGGCAUGAUGGCUGGUCUAACGAUGGCUGUGGCGGCAGCGGUUUUUGCAGUGAUCAAUUCUGCCAUCACGCCUAUAUCUGCUCUGGCCGGUGUGCCAGGCUUAUACUUCUGGAACAUCAGUGCAAUAUUUUUCGAACUGUUUGCCGGUGGCCUCUGGGUGGCUCAGUAUUACCAGAGACUGCAAUUCAACGUGAUGAGCAAAGACGACCGGCGAAACAAAUGGACGUCCGACGGAAAUGCUUCUUUGGGAUUCUCAUUUUGGUUUGUUAUCUUCGCUUCGCUUUUACAUAUGAUAAACGUUUUCACAGUCUUUUGGGCAACCAACAGUCGCACUAGGAAGUCACCGUCGCCGAUUAUUGAAGAAAAAACAAACGGAGCGAUCAUGCUCUACUAGCACUAAAUACCUAUUGUUUUAUCGCCAUCAAUGUCAAUACAUAUUAUUUGUAAUUAACUUUAAGUGUUUAUACAAAAUAUUGUAAAUACAUUCCUUUUUUAUACUAUAACGUAA